CACUGUGGGUUUAUGGGGUCCCUAUGGGGUCACUGUGUGGUUAUGGGGUUCUAUGGGGUCCUAUGGGGUCCUACAGGGUGGCGGUCUGUAGGGUGGGGGUUAUUAUGGGCUGGCGGCCCCGCAGGCUGCUGGAACGCCGUCAGGACGAGGCGGAGGGCUUGGAGCUGAGCUCCGGGGGAUUUGGGGCGGGGGUCUCCAAUUGCGGGACCCCCCCCCGCCCCCCCAUCCUGGACUGUCACUGCUUCGGGCUGCCGCGCCGCUAUGGGAUCGCCGUGCUCUGCGCUGUGGGGUUUUGCAUCAGUUUUGGGAUCCGCUGCAAUUUGGGGGUGGCCGUGGUCAGCAUGGUCAACGGGGAGCACGCGCAGUUCCAUUGGGAUCCCGAAACGGUGGGGAUGAUCCACGGCUCCUUCUUUUGGGGUUACAUCGUCACGCAGAUCCCGGGGGGGUUCAUCGCACAGAAGUUCGCUGCCAACAGGGUGUUCGGGCUGGCGAUCGUCUCCACGUCGCUGCUCAACAUGCUGCUGCCUUCCGCCGCACGCACGCACGUGGGCUGCGUCAUCGCCGUGCGCGUCAUGCAGGGCCUGGUGGAGGGGGUGACGUACCCGGCGUGCCACGGCAUCUGGAGCAAAUGGGCGCCGCCCCUGGAGAGGAGCCGCCUCGCAACGACGGCGUUCUGCGGUGGGCGGGACCGGAAGGGGCGGGGACCGGAAGGGGGCGGGGACCGGAAGGAGCGGAGCAAAUUCAAAGGCGGGGGUUAUGUGGGGACGGAGCCAGGAAGGACCGGAAGGGGGCGGGGCCACAAUACGGGGCGUGGCCUCAGGGGGGCGGGGUUUGUGUGGGAGUGGAAGGAGGGGGGCGGAGCCUGAAAUGGGCGGGGUUUGGGAAGCCGGAAGUGGGCGUGGUUGAAGUGGAAAGGGGCGGGGCCUCAGGGUGGCGGUCAAGCUGAUUGGGCGGGGUCGGAGAGUGGGAGGGGCAUUGAGGAGAGCACAGCCAAUGGGAAGAGAGGGUUAGGGGAGGGGGCGUGGUUUCUAGAGGGGCUGGGGG